ACUGAAAAAUAUUAUGAACCAAGAUGGCACCACUAUCAAUUAUCGUAAAUUGGCGUUCCCUUUUUUAUGUUUAUUGUAUAAAGUGGCUUAUAAGUUGGACGUAUAUAAAAUAUUUUCGACUAUCGUGUACGUGAUUGAAAAAUAAUUUUUGGAAUUAAUCUAGUGCAAAAUGAACAAAAAUACUCCACCACCACCGUAUGAACCUCCACCAUAUGCACCUCCAUCUUAUAGCCAAACUGUAGGAGGUGUUCCACCUGCUAGUCCAUUUACAUCUGCUGACAUUUAUGCACAAGGACCAACUAUUGUAACUACUAUUGUACCUAUGGGACCAGGACCGACUCAUACAAUUUGUCCACAUUGUCAAGCUGAAAUUGAGUCUACAACCAAAACAGAACCUGGCAUGAUCGCUUAUAUUUCUGGAGUUGUAAUAGCUUUACUUGGUUGUUGGUUUGGUUGCUGUUUAAUUCCUUGUUGUAUUGAUGAAUGUAUGGAUGUACAUCAUACCUGUCCAAAUUGCAAAGCUUAUCUCGGACGUUAUCGAAGAUGAAU